AUGCUCAACAUCCUGCUCAUUGUGCAAUCAAGGUCUCAAGAGUACUUUUUCUUGUGCAGUUGCAGACAACCUUGCAUGCUCCUGCUCUACCAAUUGGCUGACCUUCUGCUUACUCUGUUCAAGGUUGCGCCAAAGAUGGACACUGGCUUGAUUUCACCUGACUCAGCAUCGCAGGAACAGCAGUUGUCAGUCGAUUUCCCUACUCACAGCUCUUCCAAAAUGGGUGCAUGCUGCCUUGACUUAUCUGGUGUGUGUGAGUGUUCAAGAUGGUAUGGUCCUUGCCAGCCUCCCAACUUUGUCUUUGUGGAGAGGAAGACACAUCAGGAGAGCUGGAAGGGUGAGGAAAGUGUGAAGGAGAGGUGCAUGCUGAAGGAGGACAAAGUGGUGUCGUUCUUGGAGGGAGAGUACACCGCAGAGGAUGCAGUGCGGGACCUCAGGGCACAGAACAAGCCGGAAGAGGAGAUUGAGAGCUUUGAAGCAUUAUUUGAGCAAAUCCAGCAGCAGGUGGACUCCAAGCAGUUGAGGCCAUUGAUACGAACACAGUACAUGAGAACUGCUUUUCAGGUACCAUUUGACGAUUCUGUUCGAAUCUCGCUGGAUACAAAUUUGGUGAUGUUGAAAGAGAAUCCAGAUGGUGGUCCAAGCACCACACUGAUGGGUAGGUGGUGCCGCGACCCUGCGCUUCCCAUCCAGCGGACAGAAAUCACUCAUUUCCCACAUGCGGUUCUGGAAGUCAAACUCUCCCUCCAGGAAGGCGACCCAACACCUGCUUGGGUGCAGGAACUCCUGGACAGUGGCCUGUGCACAGAAGUGUACAAGUUCUCGAAGUUCAUCCAUGGCACAGCAACCCUGUUCCCUGACAUGGUUCAGGCAGUACCAUAUUGGGUGGACGAUGAGUCAGUUCGCCCCUCCAUGUUGAUGUCUGCUCCAUCAUACAGCAGAAGUGAGGAUCCAGUGGUGGAACUGCCGCCCUCCGCUCUGGACCUCGAGAUCGAUGUCCAGGAAACUGAGCGGUACACGCCAAGGAACACCCCCAGGGAUACCCAGAGAGAUACACCAAGGAACACCCCUCGGAAUGUCCCACGGCUCAGACUCCCUAGGCUUGAUGAGCUGAGGCACCCACUCUUGGCAGAUGAGCCAUCAAUAAGCCUGAUUGGUGAUGAUAGAAAUGCUGGCAUGCGGUCUGCUAGGUCCACGGGGAACGGGUUUCCAUCUGCUCGAUCCAUGGGCAACGGCCUUCCUUCCUCUCGAUCGGUGGCCACUGGUGGCAACAUGUCAGCCAGUGUAUCUGGCAGGUUUUCUGCAGGCAGCCGUGACAGCGGCCAUGGUUUCUUCACACGACUCCUGGGGCUUGACAAACCCAAGAAGACAGCUCUUGGACGACCGCCAAUGCGGGUGGAGCCAAAGACUUUCUUUGCCAAUGAACGCACAUACUUGGCCUGGCUGAAUAUGGCCAUCACAGUGGGGUCAAUCGCUAUUGCUCUCCUUGGUUUUGGGGGCACUGCCUCGAGGAAGCAAGGGCAACUGGCGGUGGUGGAGGUUGUGGAGAUCAAUGCGCUGAUUUUGCUGCCGCUUGCUCUCCUCAUGUCAUGCUAUGCCAUGUUCAUGUUCAUUUGGCGAUCCAGGCGGAUUGCGAGGCUCAGGGCGACGUAUUUCGAUGACCGGGUGGGGCCUCUCGGUCUCAGUAUCGUCACUGGGGCGUCCCUUCUGACGAUCUUCGGCAUAGGCCUGUACGACUACAUCCGAGACUUGAAGGGACUCUCUGCGAUCUAG